AUGUAUAGAAAAUGUACAGCUAGUAACGAACCUAGAAAAACUAAUGCAUCUGCAUUGACCUAUGUUCUAGCCCGGGCACAAGUAUGCACUAAGACUAGAGCAAACACCUGCCAGGAAUGUAUCCGAUCUGGUCCACACUGUGCUUGGUGUAAAAAGCUGAAUUUCACCACAGCAGGUGAGCCAGACUCUGUUCGUUGUGAUACUGUAAAUGUACUAGCUGAGCGGGGCUGUAGUGAGACAGAUAUCAUCAAUCCUCAAAGUACAGUAUUACCUGAACGCCCCCAACCACAAGAUGAUAAAGUGCAGCUGACACCAAAGCAGAUCAGGCUGCAGUUGCGACCAGGCAGAACUGGUGAAUUUGAGGUGAAAUUUAGAAGGGCAGAAGGUUAUCCUGUGGAUCUAUACUAUCUUAUGGACCUUUCCUUCUCCAUGUUUGAUGACCUUGAAAAUGUAAAAAAGCUAGGAGAUGAUCUGCUUAAGGCCCUAAAUAGCAUAACAACGUCUGCCCAAAUAGGUUUUGGUUCCUUUGUGGAUAAAACCGUACUGCCAUUUGUGAGCACACAUCCAGAGCAGCUAAAAAACCCUUGCCCAGAUAAAACUAAAGCUUGCCAGCCUCCUUUUUCCUUCAAACAUAUCCUCACUCUUACCCCAAAUGGAGGCAAUUUUAAAAAGCAGGUCGGAGAGCAGUCCAUUUCUGGAAACCUGGAUUCUCCAGAAGGAGGUCUAGACGCCAUGAUGCAAGUGGCAGUUUGUGGAGAGAAGAUUGGGUGGAGGAAUGUCACAAGGCUACUGGUAUAUGCUACUGAUGAUGGCUUUCAUAUUGCUGGAGAUGGUAAACUUGCAGCUAUUUUAACACCAAAUGAUGGAAAAUGUCACCUGGAUCGCAAUAGUUAUGAGAAGAGUAAUGAGUUUGAUUACCCUUCAGUUGGACAGCUAGCCCAGAUGCUUUCGAAGAAUAACAUACAGGUUGUGUUUGCAGUCACUUCCAAUAUGGUGAAAACAUAUGAGGCUCUCAGUAAGCUAAUUCCAAAAUCGGUGGUUGGGACACUAUCUCCUGAUUCAAGUAAUAUUCUCAACUUAAUUACAGAGGCUUACCAGAAUUUGUCAUCUGAAGUUAUUCUGGAUCAUGGAGUCACACCUGAUUCCUUGGAUAUUCUGUAUGAUUCAUAUUGCUCUAAUGGUGUUGUCAACAGAGACCAAUUAAAAGGAGAAUGCAGCAAUGUCAAGAUCAAUGAGGAGAUCACAUUCAAAGUUAAGGUUACAGCAAAAAAGUGUCUUCCAAAUCAAAGUUUCUUAAUUCGUCCACUGGGAUUUACAGAAAAAGUGGAAGUUAGUAUCACGACUGCAUGCGACUGUAAUUGCAGAGAUGAAAUAGAGAUUGAGGCCUGUAACUCGAAUGGGGAGAUUAUAUGUGGGAUCUGCAGCUGUAAAAAGGGUCACGUGGGGAAGAACUGUGAGUGUGUAACUGGAGGUAAAACAAAUCAGGAAUUGGAACAGAGCUGUAGAAAGGACAACAGCUCAGCUGUGUGCUCUGGAGCUGGAGAGUGCAUAUGUGGCCAAUGUACCUGCAAUCCAAAUGAUGACCCUGCGAAAAAAAUCUAUGGCCAAUAUUGUCAGUGUGACAACUUUAACUGUGAAAUGUUCAAUAGUAAGGUGUGCGGUGACCAAGUUACAGGGACGUGUGACUGUGGCAGCUGCAUAUGUAAUGAAGGCUAUGAAGGAAGUGCUUGUCAAUGUCUAAAAUCCAAGAGCUGUACCAACACCAGAGGAAGCACAUGCAGUGGUCGGGGAAAGUGUGAGUGUAACAAAUGCACCUGUAAAGAUGGUUAUAUCCCACCAUUCUGUGAGACCUGUCCUGGCUGCCCUUCUCAGUGUCCACGUUUUGGGUAA